AAAUCGUGUUUUGAUCAGGAAAAUAAUACACAUAUUAUGUUGAUUGUAUUAAAUGUACACGUCCAAUAUUAUAUAAAGUGUAUUAUGUACCAAUUCGCUGAAGAAAAGAUUUUCGGAGGACGUGUCUUACAACACAUUUAUAGCUCAGUGCAUCUCAAUGAUUUUAUAAUUAAAAGGGCACGAAUGCUGUGAGCAUGACACCCGCAGCUAGCAGGGAAUGGCUCGAGACAUUCAUCGAGUUGUACAAGUCGGAGCCGUGCCUAUGGAAAACCAAGUCCACGGAGUACUAUGACAGGAGCAAGAAAAACGCAGCUUACGAGAAGCUAGUGAAGAAGCUCCAGGAAAUAGAACCAACGGCGACGAGAGAGAGCGUCAUUAGAAAAAUUAAUAAUAUUCGCUGCACAUACAAGAAAGAGUACAACAAGGUGAUAGCGUCCAUGACUCAAUCGAAUGACUCUGUGUACGAGCCGCGACUGUGGUACUACAAUCUGUUGAGCUUUCUCGACAACCAGGAUUCAAUAAAAAUAUCACCCUCGGACUCCGACAACACUAAUGAGAGUACUCAACAAACAUUAUACAAUAGUUUGGGAUGGGUGGCAGACACUGAACAGAAAGUGACCGAAGUAGACUGGAACCUGAAGUAUCUCGCUCUUCAUGGAGGCAGGGAGUCAGUGGAUACACACUUCACUUCCGACCAUUCAUUAACAUGUAGCACUCCGAAGUGUACCCCUGGGCCAUCUAGUGGCCCAAGUGCUACUCCUCAGCAGUUCUCUUCAGUGAAGGAGGAGAGGUCGGAUGUUGUGGGCAAACUUGUAGCGCUUAAACUAAAGGAUUUGAGUAGGGACCAAGCACUGCUAGCCGAGAAGAUUAUAAACGAGACAUUGUUUGAGGCGGAGCUGGGGCGGCUGACCACCGAGCACUGGGUACAGGCUCGGUCUCAAACGACCACAUACUGCUCGUUGUGCAACUCAGAGCUGCUCGACCUGCCUGUGCCCGUGCUGGAGUACAGCAUCACUGACUUCAACCUGGACAACACAUAGUCCGUCUGUUUUAUAGACUUUAACACCUCCAUCGUGGGUAUUGCAGACUGCAGACACAAUAGAUUUUCAA